AUAACAUAUUCUCGUAUCAAACAUAUUAUAAAAACAAGCAUCACCACCACCACCACACCACUCAAUCUUCUCCUUCUCCGGCCACCUCUAACAAUGGAGCCGAUGCCAUUGCAAAACCUUCAUUUCCGUAAUCUCCGACCGGUUAAAGUUCUCGGAAAUGGUGCCACGGGCACCGUUUUCCUCGUUCACGACCUCAUCUCUGACCCGUCUGCCCGUUCCCCCUUUGCCCUCAAAGUUGUCGAAAAAUCAACCCUCCGGUCCGACCAUCGUGCCCGGUGGGAAAUCUCCGUCCUCAACCGCCUUAACGGCGACCCCCACCCCUUCCUCCCGUUCUUAAUCGGGUCAUUUGAGACCAACGAGUUCCUCGGGUGGGCCAUCCCUUUUUGCCCCGGACGUGACCUUAACGUCCUCCGUUACCGCCAACCGGACAACGUGUUCUCCGUUUCGAUCAUCCGAUUCUAUUUGGCGGAGAUCGUCUGCGCGCUAGAACACCUUCAUAGCAUGGGGAUCGCGUACCGCGAUUUAAAACCUGAAAAUGUUUUAAUUCAGGAGUCAGGACACGUGACGCUUACGGACUUUGACUUGUCACGUGCCCUGACUCCAACUUUCUGGUCUUCAGACAUAAAGUGUCUAAAGCCAAAAAGUAACUGGGAUUUGGACGUAAAGCCCAAAAGUUAUUGGGAUUCUAAUUUGAAGCCCAAUAAAUGUGAACGCACGUGUGCUUGCUUGAAAAAAACUAAGAGCACACGUGUGUUGCCGGUGACUUGUGUGAACACGAGUCUGGUCACCAACGAACGUUCAAACUCGUUCGUUGGGACAGAGGAGUAUCUAUCGCCCGAAAUGGUGCGAGGCGACGGACACGACUUUUCCGUCGACUGGUGGGCGUUAGGAAUACUCGCGUACGAAAUGUUGUACGGUACAACUCCAUUUAAGGGAAAGAACAGAAAAGAUACAUUUGGGAGGAUAUUAACGAUGCAGCCAAAGUUCACCGGAAAAUUGACGGCGUUAACGGAGUUAAUCACUAAACUGUUGGAAAAAGAUCCCACGCGCCGCCUUGGGUACCGGAAAGGCGCGUGUGAGAUUAAAGAGCACCCGUUCUUUUAUGGGUUACAAUGGGAUGUAUUGACGGAACUUGUACGGCCUCCGUUUAUCCCGUCAAGAGAUAACGUUGGACUGACGGUGGAGACAGUUGGCAUCAGUAUAAAGGAGUACUUUCAGAAGGUACGGAAGCCGCCGUCACCGUUAGAUUCUUCUUCCUGUAGCGUUUCAUUUACGGAGUUCUAACAGGCGCACGUGUGGAUUGGUGAUUGUGUAUAUAACGGUAGUUGGUCGGGUAGGAAUUAAAUACGCGCCUGUGGUAGCGCGUGCAUGAUUUGUGGCAUGAUGUCAUCUUGGAAUUGAACUGUAUAGCUGUUGAAAUUUUAUGAUAAGUGUUAGAAUUAAUCACAUCUUAAUCUCUUAUAGUC